GCCCCAGUUAAAGAAGACGAAGAAGAAGAAUCAAAGAGCUAAAACCAAAGAUCUCUUCUCAAAGAGAGAUCAUUUUCUUAUUCCUCUUUCAACAUUUUCGAAUCUAGGAGAAGGGCUUUCUUUUUCUUCAAGAGAUAUGGCUUUAGCUGUUACUUCUUCCUCAGCCGCGAUCUCCGGAUCGAGUUUCUCACGCUCAGGAGCUUCUUCUGAUCCUAAAGCUCUACAAAUCUGUUCGCUUAGGUUAUCAGAUCGAACCCAUGUCGCUACUCUGUCUCAGAGACGUUACUCUGUGAAAUCCCUAAACGCUGAGUCACAUUCACGCAGCGAAUCUCUGAUUCGUCGAGCUUCGACUCUAAUCGCUCCUGAAGUUGAAGAGAAAGAAGGAGACGUUGAGGAGGAUUUCGAGCAACUCGCGAAAAAGCUCGAAGAUGCUUCUCCACUUGAAAUCAUGGACAAAGCUCUCGAGAAAUUCGGAAGCGACAUCGCAAUUGCUUUCAGUGGUGCUGAAGAUGUUGCAUUGAUCGAAUACGCUCGUUUAACUGGAAGGCCAUUUAGGGUUUUCAGCUUAGACACAGGGAGAUUAAACCCAGAAACUUACAGACUCUUCGACGCAGUGGAGAAGCAGUACGGGAUUCGAAUCGAGUACAUGUUCCCUGAUGCAGUCGAGGUUCAAGCACUAGUGAGGAACAAGGGUCUCUUCUCUUUCUACGAGGAUGGUCAUCAAGAGUGUUGCCGUGUGAGGAAAGUAAGACCUUUGCGUCGUGCUCUCAAGGGUCUCAAAGCAUGGAUCACAGGACAGAGGAAAGAUCAAUCUCCGGGAACGAGAUCAGAGAUCCCAAUCGUUCAGGUCGAUCCUGUGUUUGAAGGAUUAGAUGGUGAUGUUGGAAGUCUUGUGAAGUGGAACCCUUUGGCUAAUGUUGAAGGAGGAGAUGUGUGGAGCUUCUUGAGAACAAUGGAUGUCCCGGUGAAUGCACUGCACGCGCAAGGGUAUGUCUCUAUUGGGUGUGAGCCUUGCACAAGGCCGGUGCUUCCGGGUCAGCACGAGAGAGAAGGAAGGUGGUGGUGGGAAGAUGCUAAAGCCAAAGAAUGUGGGCUGCACAAAGGGAACAUCAAGGAGGAAAAUGGAGCCACGGAUUUAACACCUGCGGUUGUGCAAGAUAUAUUCGAAAGCAACAGUGUGGUUUCAUUGAGCAGAGGAGGGAUUGAGAAUCUAUUGAAGCUAGAUAACCGUAAAGAGCCGUGGUUAGUUGUGCUUUACGCUCCUUGGUGCCCGUUUUGUCAGGCUAUGGAAGCUUCGUAUCUCGAAUUGGCUGAGAAGUUGGCUGUGAAAGGAGUUAAGGUGGCUAAGUUUCGUGCGGAUGGUGACCAGAAGGAGUUUGCUAAGCAAGAGCUUCAAUUAGGGAGCUUCCCAACGAUACUUCUGUUUCCAAAAAGCGCUUCACGGGCAAUUAAGUACCCUUCAGAGCAUAGAGAUGUUGAUUCGCUUAUGUCGUUUGUCAAUCUUCUCCGGUGAGUUAUGAGUUUGGAAACAUCAAAACAGUGAUGAAGAAUGUAAGAGAAUUGAGAUGAAGUAAGGAUUUCAUCUUGGUCUUGAAAGAUUGUGGAAUUAAAAGAAUAAACAAAGGCCUCUCUGUUCUAUAUGACUUUUGUGUAUAUGGUAUUGUAGGGGUUUAUAGACUAUUUUCUCUUGUCUCUUUGUCGUUAAAUGUCGUAUUUUUGUUCUUUCUUUUGAGUUUUAGUUAGUGAGGGAAUUGGUCCAUGUAAUGGGAUUUUCUUGAUUAUGUUUUUUUUAGAUAUGUGAAUAUGCUAAAGUUUUGAAGAAAGUUAUGUUU